GGAUGGUGUGACGUCAAACCACGACGACAGAAGUGCGUGUGACAGAUCGUGGAGCUGCGCUAGACUGAAGAAAAACAAAAAACUUUGGGAAUAACAUGUCCUUCUACAGUUCGACCAACAUGCUCUGUCUAUUAACGUACGAGAUAUGCAACGAAUGAACUAAUAGGCGACAAGCGUAUUAUAUUUAUGUUUAAAAAAGUCGCAAUUCGAGUUUGUCAGAUAGAAGAAGCUGGGAAAACAGAAAUAACGUUCCGUGUGUUUUUUAAUGAACGUGGAAUAAGAUUCGGGGAACACAUCAGCAGGCGUAAUUCGGACUCUCCAGGAUCCAACUACCUACUGCUUGGAACAAUUGUUUGCAUGCAGCAAAGCGCACAAGAGUUAUGGACUAAGGGAGAGAGAUCCGAAGGAAGAAAGCCAAUCUAAAAUGGCGGCAAUGGUGUUGCCAUGACCGAGGGCGGCUGAGAGUCAGGGGAGAAGCUACGCAGCACCAUGGAGGGCACCAGGGCCGCCGUCUUAGCGCUGGUCAAAAGCAAAGCCCCUCGACGGGACCGGAAGUGGCGUGUCGGGGCUUUGGUAAGGAAAGGGGGAGUCUGCCGGAACGGGACCACCUCACCACAUGGGGAGUGCACCUCGGACGGAGAGAGGGGGCUGGAGUCCUCCUUGGAGGUGCAGAAGCCAUCCCUGCUGUCGAAGGGGCUGGGAGAGAGAGUGGUGGCGCAAGGAGCAGAGGUGUCACCUGAGGGGGAGGAGGGCCUUGGCUCCUGGGACAUGAAGUCUCAUGACGAAGAGGUUGUGCAGCAGGAGCAAGAGGAUCAGCAGGAGAAGGGGAGUAGUAACAGCCACAGCACCUCCAAUACGGACAGCCCUGCCCUCUCCAGUAGCUGUACAGAUCUGUCCCAGACGUCGUCUCCAUCGCUGUCGGACCAACUCCUCCUGGGUCGAGAGGAUGUGACGGGGGCCGGGAUCAAUGUGGAAUGUCGUAUCUGUGGAGACAAGGCCUCGGGGUUCCACUAUGGAGUACACGCCUGUGAGGGUUGCAAGGGGUUUUUCCGGCGGACCAUCCGUAUGAAGCUGGAGUACGAGCGCUGUGAGCGCAGCUGUAAGAUCCAGAAGAAGAGCAGAAACAAGUGCCAGUACUGCCGCUUCCAGAAGUGCCUGCUGCUGGGCAUGUCCCAUGACGCGAUCCGGUAUGGCCGCAUGCCGGAGGCAGAGAAGAGGAAGCUGGUGGCGGGCCUCCUGGCGGGAGAGAGAGCCCCGACCACCAACCCCAAUGGCUCGGAUCUCAAAUCCCUGGCCAAGGAGGUCAACAACGCCUAUCUGAAAAACCUCAACAUGACCAAGAAGAAGGCUCGCAGCAUCCUCACCGGCAAGACCAGCUCCAGCCCAGUAGAGUAUCCAUAUCCCUUUGUGAUUCACGACAUGGACUCCUUGUGCCAGGCUGAGAACGGGCUGGUGUGGAAACAGCUGAUCAACGGUACGACCCCCAACAAGGAGAUAGGGGUACACGUGUUCUACCGCUGCCAGUGCACCACGGUGGAGACGGUCAGGGAGCUCACUGAGUUUGCCAAGAGCAUCCCCGGCUUCGUAGACCUCUUCCUCAAUGACCAGGUGACGCUGCUGAAGUACGGCGUGCAUGAGGCCAUCUUCGCCAUGCUGCCCUCGCUCAUGAACAAGGACGGGUUGCUGGUGGCCAACGGGAAGGGCUUUGUGACCCGGGAGUUCCUGCGCAGCCUGCGGCGCCCCUUCAGCGAGAUCAUGGAGCCCAAGUUUGAGUUUGCGGUCAAGUUCAACGCCCUGGAGCUGGAUGACAGUGACCUGGCCCUGUUCGUGGCCGCCAUCAUUCUUUGUGGAGACCGUCCGGGGCUGAUAAACAUCAAGCAGGUGGAGGAGAUUCAGGACAGCAUCCUGCAGGCCCUGGACCAGCACCUGCUGGCCAACCACACUGACUCAAAGUACCUUUUCCCCAAGCUGCUCAACAAGAUGGCCGACCUGCGCCAGCUGGUCACUGAGAACGCCAUGCUGGUCCAGAAGAUCAAGAAGACAGAGUCAGAGACUUCGCUGCACCCGCUGCUGCAGGAGAUCUACAAGGACAUGUACUGACUGGACUGGUUUAGCUUCCUAGUACAGCAGCAGUGUUCACUCACUCCUGGUUUCUGGGAUUGGGAGUCACAGGGAGUGCAUGUUUUUGUUCCAGCCCAGCAUUAACACACUAUUCACCUCAUCAGCCAAUCAACCACGACCUUGAUCAGUUGAAUCAGGUGUGUCAGCGUUUAUUCUGGAAACGCUGGCUGGUGGGAGUUAGAACUAUGUAUAUGUAGCUGCACACUCUUGUUCAGAUGCAAUUGAUUGAUUAUAAAUCACCGUAGUUUGGGCAGCAAGUUGCUUUCAUCAUCACGUCUCUUGACUGUCUCUGGACUGUACGAAUGACAUGUACUGACCUGGAAUGGAGCAAGAGACUGAUGGGAGACAUACAGAGUAACAUACACCCUGCCACAUAUUAAACGUGUGUGAGUGUUUGGGUGCCCGAAAUAGAAGGUGAUUUGAGCUGUUUCAAGUGGAUGCUGUUGUAUAGCAGGCCUUUAACUGUGGUUGGACAGGACUGAUGCGGUUGAAGGGCUUGUAGUGUCCUGCUCUGAAUGUGGUGAAGGUGCAGUGUCGAGGUAUUCAUUUCCAGGAGAAUACCAAACAGCUCAUCAACCAACGCCACAACAAAACCAAGACUCCUCUUUUCCCCCUAAAUGUUACAAGGAUGAUCAGCGUUGCUCUUUUUAUACAACAGAUUUUUGUAGUCUCUCCCGAUGCGCAGUGUUUUUUACAACAGUCAACACAUUCUUAACCCUGCGGUUCAGGGUCAUUACCAGACUUUGUUCUGCCAUUGUUUGUGUUACAAACUUCCUGAGAAGUCGUGAUGCUGAUAUUCAGAAAAAUGCUGGUUCUGCUUGCCUCUACAAAUGAGGGUUGUCGGCAACCAUAGGUGUCCCCUGACGGUCCGUCCCUACCAUCCCAUCCUAAGGCCAUAACACUGGGAUAAGCUAUCACCAAACCCCCCUUAGCUCUCCUUUCCACAUAUGUAUUAAUUCACACCCCUCAACCUCCCACUGAUCUAAUCAUAAAAUGGUUUGGAUUUGUUUGAUAACUCACAGUCCCGGGUUCGAAGAACCUCCUUUCUGUGCUAGUGAACAAAAUCCAUCGUCACACCCCCAGAGAAUGUGUGAUAGUAGGAGCUGUGAUUUUGUGUAUGCCUUUUAUAUAUGAAUCUCCUCCAUUUGAGGUCCACCCCCAGCCCUUCUCCUCCUGUUAGACCAGGAAGCACACACAGUCCAGUCAGUCUCACUUUUCAAUGGACACAUACAUUUAUAGAUUCUUACAACAUCCUAACCUCAAUACCUUUUGUUUUCUUUUGUGUACAACUGAUGGGUCUAAAACCAUGGGAUGAUGCUGUGUUGUCAUACUGUGAAGGUGAACCUGAUCAGGGUGUCUGUAUAAGACGUUUUGAAUGCCUGAUUUUACUUAUGUUUACUUAAUUAUGUAUAAUUGAAGUAUGGUAUGUAUAUAUUUUUUUCAGCCAGGUGGUGUUCUGUUAACUGCGCACAGUCAACAAGCCAAACUCUAUCAGUACUUUUCUCAUAUUAUGAGCUUCCCGCUUUCUUUCUUUUCCUCUCUUCUUAUUCUUCCACUAAGUAUGGUGCUAUGGAUUUGGCCAACUAUCGCUCCCUCACGCAGUCGAACUUCAGACAGGGAAUGACCCGUUCAUAAUACUUACAGAAAAAUGGAUCCUUCUCCCUUGGUUCCUUCCUAUCGCUUCUUCACUGAUCUAAAAAGGCCCGGUCAAAUGAAAGCAAUACAGCAAAAGCUUCUGUAGUGCUUCCACCAUAUAGAUUGUACCCAUCUAGAUCAUGAUCAAUUGAAGGGAGUGAGUAAGCAUUUGAAGAGUUGAAAUACAUGGCAACGGUCAAGAAAUUACUUCUAGAAAAUUACUUCUAGACAAGCCAUCAGAAUUCAGAGAUGCAUGGCAGCAGGGGGACCAAUCUAAAUUGCCAUGCGAGGAAAAAGGUUUAUCCUCAUUCUUUUAGGUCAGCCAAUUAUGGUAACUGAUGAAAUACUGCACUUCCUACUGUACAUAGCAAUUAUGUAAAUUUUAUGCAAAACAAUGUAUGUUUCUGUUUUUAUUAUUUUCUAUAUUGUGACAUUAAAAUUGCAAAAAAAGUGUAUUCUAGCACGAGUAAGGGGAGGACAUAUGUGACUCCUUGCCUAUACAGUAGAGAGGUUACAGAUAUCUCUUGAAUAAGCGCUUUAUUUCUGCUCACAGGGAGUUGAUAAAGCACAAAUGAGUGAUCUGAUGCUCACCUAACUGCAGAGACCGUUGAGACAAUGAUAAUAAUAAAGUGACAGUGUUGAACCACCUGUUCUGGUUAGUGUGCUGUAUCCACUUGGAGUCAGUGUACCCUGGGGCGGAUGGGGGGUCCUUUCUCUCCCUGUAUUCAUCUUUCUUUAAUUCUCUUACCUUCUUCCUUUCUCUCAGUAUGAAUCAUUUUAUUUUCCUGCUUUUUUUUCUGGUGCCCCUAGAAAUGUCAUUGUCAUGGACCGCCUGUGGGUAGUUAUAAUUACACAUUUGAUGUGUUCAUAAACUUCUAGGGAUUUUUUUUUAACUUUUCAGUUACUGAAUAGAACAAGUUACAAAGAAAUGUCAGCAAAGUAGUACUGCUGCAUGAGAAAAAAGCUAAAUUGUGUACAUUUUUCUUUGAAUCAAUUGUUGUCUAAUGAUUUUAUUUCUGCAUACAAAUGUUAUGAGCACAACAGCACAGGUCUGAAAUAUUCUACGGUCUACCACAGCAAUACUGUGCAUUUAACAUCUGUAUAAACACCUGGUGUUAACCGUCUGAGGGAAAGUAUAGGAUUUCUACCUUUGGUAUAGAACUUCCUAUAAAUGGUUGAUUAAAAAACAUUGGUUAAUA